AUUUGCAAUUUAUAUAAUUUGCAGAGAUAAGCUUAGUCAGUUGUUCGCUUCUUUCUUUCACGAUUGGUUGUGGAGAGAUGUUGUGGGACGAUGUCGUGUAUGUAUCGUUAUUGUUAAUCUCCAUAGCAAUUGGACCUCUCUACCGUGCGGUGCAAGAACCUCAUGUAAAACAAUGGUUCGCGACUCUCUUUGGCAUUGCGUUAGUGAUUUGUGUUUCAGGAUGGUCAGUCCUGCACCCACUCAUCACUGUUCUUGUCAACGCUAUUAUCAUAACCAGCUUAUCUUGGAAAAAAUGUCAUCUAGUCAGCCUGUUUUUCUCCUUUUUCUACUUACUGGUGAUCUUUCGAUUGGGUGAUUAUUUCGGGCUACCAAGCCCACCAACUCAUACAAAUCUUGUUGUAAUGAUACUUACAUUGAAAUUGCCUGGACUAGCAUUUGAAAUUAAUAAUGCAGCUACAGCAUCAAAUGACGAUAUUCAAGGAAUAAAUUCAGAAGCGCUCAAGAGCAUUAGCUUCAUGGAUGUGAUACAUUACAGUUUUGGUUACAUGGGAGUUUUAACAGGUCCAUAUUAUCGCUAUAGAACAUACUGGGACUCUUUACACAGACCUUUUUCCAAACAUGUCGACCCAUGGCCACUCACAUAUUAUAAACUCAAGCAAAUUGCAACAUACAUCACAAUCUUCUUAACAGUAAACCAUCUAUUUCCCAGCGAUUACACGCAAACGCUGGAGUUUGAAGAACACUGUUUCAUAUAUAGAUUUUUUUAUAUGUAUCCGGCAUUUGCCGGCUUCCGACUGAGAAUGUUUAUUGGCAUGGCUCUGGCUGAAUGCGUCUGUCAGAUGUCAGGACUAGGAGCUUAUCCAGUCUGCUGCCAGCCCGUACCUGGUCUAGGUCCGCGUGAUUACAAAGUAAUCGAAAAAUUAUCGAUGGAUGAUGAGAAAAUGAAGGAUACGGAACAAGACUUUGAGACUGUGCAUAACAUGAAUGUAUGGGAAGUGGAGACUUCUCCAUUAGUUAAGCAAACGAUGAAAAUGUGGAACACGUGUAUACAAUAUUGGAUGGCCAUAUGCAUUUACAAGAGAUUCCCUCAUAAAGGGUUGAGAACCAUGGUUACGUUAACUCUCUCUGCUUUAUGGCAUGGCUAUGCUGCAGGUUAUUACUUCUGUAUCUGCCAAGUUCCACUCUAUCUAUUUUUUGAGGACAUCAGUGUCAGAUUUUACAAUCAAUGUGACCCAAAUGGAUUUGGUAGGAAGGCUUGGGGAUUCUUCUUAUGGUGGGCGAAACUCACGUGCAUGGCGUAUCUUGGUGUACCAUUCCAAUUGUUGCACUUUUACAAGAUAAUACACUUUUACAAGAGUCUAUACUUUUCCGGGCAUAUCUUAGGACUUGUAUUAUAUUUAUUCGUACGAAUCUUAAAGAUUUACUUUUUAAAACGACGUCAAGACAAAGACGACAAGAACAAGUAACUUCUCUUCCGUUUUUCUUCGUUAAGUUUGAUUGUUCUUAAAGCAGGGAUUUCUGUACUAACAUCGUAUCAGAAAAAAAUUCUAAAACUGUAAGAAUAUGUAUAUAAUUUACUAGAAUAUGUUUCUUUUUCUAUACCAUGAAAGAAAAACGAUUCCAUUUCUUUUCGACUGACUUGAAUUAGUUUUUAAUUGGAUCAAUAAGUUUAAUCAACGAGAUCGAAUUGAUGAAAAGAUAAAACUGAUUAGUUUUAUCUUCAAGUUUUACGACAUUAAUUUUUAUA